AUUGAGCCUCAUCUGUGUUUGAGAGAAAGUGAGAGGUACAGAAAGAGAGAGUUAGAACUUGGAAGCAAAAGAGGAAGAUAUAGAUAGAGAGAGAGUGACAGACCAUGACAACCACCAUUAACAACCAAGUUGUUGAUCAAGAUCAUAUGCUACUCAUCUCUCAGAUGUACCCUGAUGUUUACACGCAAAUUGUACCACAAGUAGCAGCGACAAAGCCGCGACGCCGCCGUAAGAAGAGCAAGAGCGGAGAAGCUGAUGGCGCCGGAGCCAAGAAGAGGAAGCUCACUGAGGAACAAGUGACUCUUCUUGAGCUAAAUUUCGGUAACGAGCAUAAGCUCGAGUCUGAGAAGAAGGACAGGCUCGCCUCCCAGCUUGGCCUUGACCCUCGUCAAGUUGCCGUCUGGUUUCAGAACCGAAGGGCUCGAUGGAAGAACAAGAAGCUGGAGGAAGAGUACUCGACCUUGAAGACGGCUCACGAAAACGUCAUCGUGGAAAAAUGCAAGCUCGAAUCCGAGAUGCAAAAGCUCAAGGAGCGACUCUCUGAGACGGAGAAGGAGAUCCACAGGCUGUCGGAGCGUGUCGAAGGCGGCGGUUCGAGCAACAGCCCGAGCUCCUCGCUGUCGAUGGAAGCGAAUAUUGGUGGUCCUCCGCCGUUUUUCGGAGAGUUUGGGGUGGAGGAGUAUGAUGAUGUUUUCUACAUGCCCCAAAACAACUACAUCAAUGCCAUGGAAUGGAUGAAUCCGUAUAUGUGAACUUAAUUAGUUAUUAAUUUAGAAUUUUGUAGAUAGUGACAAGCUUAGCUAAUGUAAAUCGUUUUCUUCCUCUAUGUACUACUAAGUGUGCUUGACUAGGAAUCUGAAGAUUAAUGUAAUUAUUAUGAUUAAGUAUUAACAUAACAACUUUGCAUACGUCUCGACUAGAGAAACGUAUGAGUUGAUUUAGGCACUUAAUUUCAGUUCCUAAAUUAAGUUAAUUCUUAAACUAAUGUUGUCGUUGGACUUGUGCAUAGCUUACCUAUGCUUAAAAAUUUGUCUUUAUUAUGAAGAA